CCGUUCAGAUCCGUGCCCUCAUUGCGAGUGCCGAGGAGCGGCCGACGGGAUGUGUGUUUUUCGGUCCGUCCCGUGCCGCCCUCCCGGCCUCUGAGCCGCGGUCAUGGGGCUGCCGGCCCUCGGGCUGUUGCUGGCGGCCGCGCUGCUGCGCACGGAGGCCGCCCCCCCGGCGCGCUCCUUCCAGAUCGAUUUCGAGCGGGACUGCUUCCGCAAGGACGGGGCCCCGUUCCGCUACGUGUCGGGCAGCGUGCACUACGCCCGCGUCCCACGGCCCUCCUGGCGAGACCGCCUGUUGCGGCUCUACAUGGCCGGGCUGAACGCUGUGCAGGUCUACGUGCCCUGGAACUACCACGAGCCGCAACCGGGAGUGUAUGACUUCACCGGGGACCGGGACGUGGAAGCCUUCCUGGACCUGGCGGCGGAGCUGGGGCUGCUGGUGAUCCUGCGCCCGGGGCCCUACAUCUGCGCUGAGUGGGAGAUGGGCGGGCUGCCUGCCUGGCUGCUGUGGAAAGCAGACGUCGUCCUGCGCUCCUCUGACCCUGCGUACCUGGCAGCUGUGGACGCAUGGCUCCAUGUCCUGCUGCCCAAGAUCAAGCCGCGGCUCUACCAGCACGGGGGGAACAUCAUCAGUGUGCAGGUGGAGAACGAAUACGGGAGCUACUAUACCUGUGACCCCAGCUACCUGCAGCACCUGCUGGGCACCUUCCGGAUGCUGCUGGGCCCUGAGGUGCUGCUCUUCACCACCGAUGGUGCGCAGGUGGAGGAGCUGCGCUGUGGCACCCUGCAGGGGCUCUAUGCCACCGUCGACUUCGGGCCAGACUCCAACGUGACAGAGGCAUUUGGUGCCCAGCGCCACAUCGAGCCGAGGGGACCGCUGGUGAACUCUGAGUACUACACGGGCUGGCUGGACUACUGGGGGGGGCCGCAUGCCAGUACCAGCGCUGCAUUGGUGGCCCGGGGACUCGCUGAGAUGCUGCAGCUGGGAGCUAAUGUCAACAUGUACAUGUUCCACGGGGGCACCAACUUUGCCUACUGGAGUGGAGCUGACUUCAAGGGCCAGUUCAAACCAGUGACCACUAGCUACGACUAUGAUGCACCGCUCUCGGAGGCUGGAGACCCCACGGAGAAGCUCUUUGCCAUCCGCACGGUCAUCAGCAAGUUCCAGCCCCUGCCAGUGGGCCCGAUGCCACCCCCCGUGCCCAAGUACACCUACGGAUGGGUGGCUCUGCACAAGUAUGCUGAUCUCCUGGAUGUCCUGGAUGUACUGUCCCCCUCUGGGCCCAUCCAGAGCCAGUUCCCCCUCAUCUUUGAGACCAUAAAGCAGGCCCAUGGCUUCGUGCUGUACCGCACACAGCUGCCCCGCGACAUCCUGACCCCAGCCACGCUGAGUGCUCCUCCCCACAGCGUCCGCGAUCGUGGCUAUGUGAUGCUGCAGAAGGAGUACCAGGGAACGCUGGAGCGAGACGGUCAGACAGAGCUGCGUGUGAAAGGCAAGGCAGGGGACACGCUGGAUGUGCUCCUGGAGAACAUGGGCAGGAUCAGCUUCGGGGCAAACUUCAAUGACUUCAAGGGCUUGCUGGGGAACCUCUCUUUGGACUCCAGCCCACUCAGCAAGUGGCUUAUCUACCCCCUGGCCAUAGAUGCUGCCAUCCAGCAGGGCUGGCCCCACGCUGCCCUGCCUAAAUCAAGCUGCAGGGGCAGAGCAGGGCCAGCCUUCUACACAGGGACCUUUGAGACCCCUGGCAUUGCCUGGGACACCUUUGUGAAAUUCCCAGGUUGGAGCAAGGUGAAUCCAGGGACCAGCCCACAGCCCUGAUGUAUCAGACAGAUUAAAAAGAGUGUGAACACGUACAGACAGUUGGAGGCUUCACCCCCAGGCAGAACAGUAAAGACAGUAGAAGUCUCUGGGCCCUGCUGAGGCAGCCCCAUUCCUCACCUGCUCUGCUCUUCUCCUCAAAUUCUUCCACUGGCAGCACCCGGCGCCCCUGGAGUCGCUGCUUCAGGUUGAAGCGGUGCCAGUCAAGUCGGUAGUGCUCAAUCUGUGGAGGGAAGAAGAGUCAGCCAGCUGGGUCCUGGUGCUCCACAGAAGCCAUCCCCACCAAACACCCCAUGGUGACAGACUCCAACAGCCAUACCAAUUCUGGAGCUGCAGUGAUCCUGAGCAGGAAAUCACAGUACAUCAAGGAGCUAGCAAGCCAGUUAACCAUUAGCCUAAACAGACCCAGGCCUGCGCUGCGUCGUGCUGCAUGUGCAGCUUGGCCUUCAGGCCUCUAUUGAGCUGCACAAAUCCCCUGGCCACAGGAUAAACUCAGCCAGGUCACUGGAACACAGCAGCCCACAGACAGCUCUCAUUCAGUAGCAGCAAUUACACCUCCUGCGUGGCCUUGCCUUUGUCCUGAUCUGGAUCAAGAAGUCCUCAUGUGAACAUCCUUUUAAUUGUACAGUAGGAAAGAUGAAUAAAGUUGCUCCGUUCUAAGAAAACACUGUGAGAGCUUGAAGGACUACAAUGGGAAAACCUUUGUAAGGACUGGAUCUGUGCUGACUGGAGACCCAUCGCACCAUGAGACUUAGGACUCCCAGCAUCUAAAGGGAUGUAAGAACAUCUGCAGUAUCCUCUUUUUCUUGUAUUGUUGUCUCAAAUAAAAGACAUACUAAGUGAUAUUCUCCAGAGUCUGAAUGCCUUUACCACGAUCAUAAAGAAACAGCACCUCCUGGUGCCAACAAGGUCAUGCAUCACCAAACACGCUGGGCUAUCCUCAAACAGCACAGUCCUGUCUGACCUGCCUGGAUCAGACGUACCAGACUCCAAGAGAAGGCCCUAGCUAAGCUGCAAGCAGCAGCUGUCACUAGGUAGCCUGGUGUGGGGAUGAACCCCUGGCAGCACCCAGCAAGCCACGCCAGC